AAGGUUACUUUAAGUCGAUAUAUAUUAUAUGUCAUCGAAUAAAAAAGACAGCCCCCUAAGGUAUGUAGUGUUGGAAAAUAACAAUAGCUCGAACAGAUGAUUGCAAAAAUCAGCUGGCCAAACAACAACAUAACAAGCAAAGCCCUCAGGUGGAUCAAAAAUUAUAAAAAUCGUCAAAAAUCCAAUAAAAUGACGGCUUUUAUUGAGGAAACAAAAAGUCUGCUGCCGCGGAUUGCUUUCAUAGCCUGCGGAUGUUUUAGUCCACCUACACCAAUGCACUUGAGAAUGUUUGAGAUAGCCAAAGACCACUUCGAAAUGCAGGGCACGCACAGAGUUGUGGGCGGCAUUAUCUCGCCCACGCACGACUCUUAUGGAAAGAAGGGUCUGGCCUCCGCCUUGGACAGAUGUGCUAUGGUCAAGUUGGCCACGCAAAGCUCAAAUUGGAUCCGGCUUUCCGAUUGGGAGGUGCAUCAGAACCAGUGGAUGCGCACUCAAGCGGUACUACAACAUCACCAGAACUACAUCAACAACCACAUCAAUUCCGGAGGAGCAGGAGGAGAUGAUGAGCCGGACACUCAUCUGGCUGGAUGGUUACCACGGGGGCUGCACGACAGUCGGGAUCCGGUUCAUUUGAAGCUUCUCUGCGGCGCCGAUCUGUUAGAGUCCUUUGCUGUACCAGGCCUGUGGGCUGAAGCCGACAUUGAGGACAUAGUGGCUAAUCAUGGUCUGGUGGUAAUCACCCGUGCCGGCUCAAACCCAGGAAAAUUCAUUUUUGACUCCGACAUAUUGACCAAAUAUCAGAACAACAUAACUCUAAUCACCAAUUGGGUACCCAAUGAAGUAAGCUCCACGUUGAUUCGGAGGCUUCUAGGACGCGGUCAGUCGGUCAAGUAUCUUCUAGACGAUCUGGUGUUGGAGUAUAUCAAGCGCCAACGUUUGUUUAACUUUAAAUCGCAGGAUGCACCGGUUCCGCCCGAAUGCGAUUCCUGACGCGUUUUGCACCCGAAACAGAAGCACUCGUCGCCCACCCGUUGCCCAAGCCACCAGCACCGCAAUUCGCACCACUUGCCACACCAGCACCAUCCGCUGUUUGAGCCGUGGCGCCUCUUCAUGGAGCGUGAGUGAGCCAGAGCAGUUCAGAGUUCAAGUUCCUAUUUAGCGCUGAUUCCUUUAAUGCAUGCUUAUAUUUUUCCAAUCUUCGACCUUGUAAAUACCUCUGUUAAGAUUAGCUAUUGUUAUUCCGGUGGUCAGUGUGCGUAUCAUCUUACUUACACCGAAAUGUUGCCAAAAUGUAGUCCCAUUAAACAAUAACCUUAACUUUGUUGCUAUUGUACUGACCACGCCCGCCUAACCCGUGGAUUAUAGUAAGUAUAUAACGGAUGCAGUGCGUCCCACACAUUUGCUCUUUAACCACGCCUACACGGACAACAACAAGAACGCAACCACCUACCCCAUAGGCGACCAU